UGUAUUGAUUUUUUUAUUUGUUUUGUAAUCGUCAUCAAUUUUUAGUUGUGACAACGAAAGAAAAAAAGAAAAAUACCGAAUUUUUUCCCGAAUCAAAACCAAACAACAACCAACAUAUCAAUUUAUCGAUCAUCAGACUGAAUCAGACCAUUUAAUAUUUGUUUUUUGAUGGAAAAUAAAAAUCAAUCAUCAUCAUCAUUGAACCAAAGACGACAACAUGAAAAAUCACCAACAAAUUCAUCAUUUGACAAUGAUUUGGAUGAAAAAUCCAUUUCAAUACAAAAAUCUAAACCAAAUCUUAAAGGAGAUUAUAUGAAUAUUGCUAUACUAUUAUUUUUAUAUCUUCUUCAAGGUAUACCGCUUGGUUUGAUUUCUGGCAUACCAUUGAUAAUGAUGAAUCGUGGUAUCGAUUAUUCGGAUCAGGCAAUAUUCAGUUUUUCAAUGUGGCCAUUUAGUUUGAAAUUAUUAUGGGCACCAAUUGUUGAUUCUGUUUAUUCAUCACGUUUUGGACGUCGUAAAUCAUGGAUGAUACCAUCACAAUAUUUGAUCGGUGCAUUUAUGAUUGUUACAUCAUAUUAUCUGGAUUCAAUGAUGAAUUCAAUUGAAGGACCAAAUAUUUAUUCAGUAACGGCAUUAUUUUUAAUAUUAAAUUUUCUUGCCGCAACACAAGAUAUUGCUGUUGAUGGUUGGGCAUUAACAAUGUUAAAACCAUGUAAUGUUGGUUAUGCAUCAACAUGUAAUUCGGUUGGUCAAACAGCUGGAUAUUUUCUUGGUUAUGUUGUAUUUUUAAUAUUGGAAUCACCACAUUUUGCUAAUUAUUUCCGACAAGAACCACAAGAUGUUGGUUUAAUUACAUUGGAUGGUUUUUUCUAUUUUUGGGGUAUUGUUUUUAUUAUUGUUACAACAUUGGUUUUGUUAUUUAAAAGUGAACAACCAACUAUACAUGAAGAAGAAGAUUCAACUAUUCGGGAAACUUAUUUAAAAUUGAUACAAAUAUUAAAACUUGGUCCAAUCAAAAGUUUUACAAUUAUAUUGUUAACAUGUAAAAUUGGUUUUUCAAUUGCCGAUGCAGCAACACCAUUAAAAUUAAAAGAAGCCGGUCUACCAAUGGAUCAUAUUGCAUUAAUGGCUAUACCAUUAUUACCAUUACAGGUUGCAUUACCAUGGAUUAUUGGACGUUAUACGAAUGGACCUCGGCCAUUGGAUGUUUUUCUUCGUGCCUAUCCAUUUCGUUUGAUAUUUUCAUUCUUGGUUGCCGGUAUUGUUUGGUGGACACGUGUAUUAUAUGCAAAAUAUUCAUAUUUUCCAGCAUAUUAUUAUGUAUUUUUAAUCAUUAUUUAUUGUUUUCAUCAAGUUAUUGUUUAUAGUAUGUUUGUUUCAAUAAUGUCAUUUCAUGCAAAAAUAUCGGAUCCAUCAAUCGGUGGUACAUAUAUGACAUUAUUGAAUACAUUAACAAAUUUAGGUGGAAAUUGGCCAAAUACAUUAGCAUUAUCAUUAUUAGAUUAUAUAAAUUUAUCAUAUUGUUCAUUAGAUGGAUCAUUUUGUUUUAUAAAAUCAAAUAAAACACAUAUACAUGAUGAUUCGUGUAUUGAAAAAGAUGCCGGUAAUUGUGUAUUAUGGUUGGAUGGUUAUUAUACAUUAACAUUUUUUUUCGCAUUAAUUGGUACAUUAUGGUAUUUUUGGUCAUAUAAAUUAAUUGUUCGUUUACAAUCGAUACCGAAAAAACAAUGGCUUUGUCCAAAUUCAUUGAAACGAAGAGAAAGUUGACUAAAUUCUUGUUCAACCGAAACGACUAAUUCCGAAAAUGAUACCGAAUCUAAAAUCAGUCAUCAUCAUCAUCAUCAGGAUCAUCUUCAUUCUGGUCAUUAUAGA